AUGAUACACCCUUUGCAAAUCUUUCGCCCCUUGAUCACCGCCACCCUGGUCAUCCGGCCGCCUCCCCCGUUUCAUAGGCCGCAAAUGACUAUGAUUAUCCCCCCUCUACCCCUCCGCCUCCCGUCCGUCCCGGGGGCGACGAGAGACAAAACCAAGACCCAAAACGUGAAGGAGCCCCAAAAAUCGAUUGAAACCAAACGAAUUCUUCAAUUUAACCAUUCUCCAACUUUCGACAAUGGGAAACCAGAAUCAAGGUUUUCCCUGUCUCAUACCAUUCAAACAAAGGAAAGAAGAAGAAAAAUGCACGAGACUUUUCGUGACCUCGCGACUUCCUCGGUUUCGAGCACCGGAAGGGAUGUAAAAGUCGACACACACACUCUCUCUCUCUCUCUCUCUCCAUCAACAAACCUUGCGACCCGGCCGAGAGCCCGUACGCCGUCAAAGGGAACCCAAUGGAAUGCCGUCCGGCGCCGUCCUCCUUCUCCUGCUCGUUUCGCCCGCCUACUUUACCCUUUCAUACAUUCCAGCGUUCCUCGUCGCUGCGGCUCGCUGCAGAAGCUGCUAUUUUUUUUCCCUCGUGGCAAAAGCUUUGAACGUACCGAAUCAGCUUUCCCGCGCCAUCACGAAACAAGGGGCCCUGUCACUCCCCUCUCCCAUCCCAUUGCAGAAUUCCAAUCGUACUGGGCCGUGCCGCUCCUUUGCUGGUCGUAG